UGUCGCAGUUUUAAUACGUUUCAGCAAGAGUAAGCGACACAAACAAACUGUCGUGCGCAUUUCGAGGCGGGUUAGAUCAUAAACCAAUUUGACCUUUAUUUAGCGCAAAUCUUGUUGACUCGCAAUGGGACGCGAAUCGAGACACUACAGGAAGCGUUCAGCGUCCCGGGGACGGUCGGGCAGCCGAUCAAAGAGUCGCUCCCCGGACGGCAAGCGCUCAAAGAAGGACGACCGAGACCGCAACAGGCGAGACCGGUCCAGGAGCAGGGACCGCAGAAGAUCCCGGUCCAGAGACAGGAAAAGAACCAGGCGUUCCAGGAGCAGGGAAAGGAGGAGGACCAGAAGCCGGGAGAGGAAGAGAUCAGGCAGCCGGAGCCGAACUCGCAGGUCCCGAUCCGGCAGCCCGGCAAAGAGCAAGAAAACAGAUGAGAAACCCAAGAGCAAAGAGAAAGAGAGCGUUGAGCCUGUGUCCGAGAAGAAAAAGGUGAAGGAGGAGAAGGAAGAUGAGAAGGUCGAAGACCAAGACUUUGACCAGAACAAACUGGAAGAGGAAAUGAGGAAGAGGAAGGAGCGGGUGGAGAAAUGGAGAGAGGAGCAGAGGAAGAAGGCGAUUGAAAACAUUGGGGAGAUAAAGAGAGAACUGGAGGAAAUGAAGCAGGGAAAGAAAUGGAGCCUCGAGGACGACGAUGACGAUGACGAGGAAGGCCCUGCUCUGAUGGAGGCGGAUGACGACGACGACAACGACGACAACAACGCGGAGGGAAAGGCGGAGGGAAAAGAGAAAGAUGCAGAGGAAGUUAAAACAGAGGAGGGCGAGGAUGAGAAGGAGACUCCCAUGGAGCAGCAGGCCGAGGAGGACGAAGUGGAUCCCCUGGAUGCGUACAUGGAGGAGGUCAAACAGGAGGUGAAGAAGUUCAACAUAGGCCCCAUGAAAGGAAACGACAAGAGAGGAGCUACGUCGGUCACCAACGUGGUGACAGUAGUUAAGACCAAAAAACAACCCAUCGUGCACAAGAAGAAGGGCGAGCUGAUGGAGAACGACCAGGACGCCAUGGAGUACUCGUCCGAGGAAGAGGAGGUGGACCUGCAGACGGCGCUGACGGGCUUUCAGACCAAACAGAGGAAGGUCCUGGAGCCUGUUGACCACACCAAGAUCCAGUACGAGCCGUAUCGCAAGAACUUCUACGUGGAGGUGCCCGAGCUGGCCAAGAUGUCUCCAGAGGAAGUGAACGCGUACAGGCUGGAACUGGAAGGUAUCGUUGUCAAAGGGAAAGGUUGUCCCAAACCCAUCAAGACAUGGGUGCAGUGUGGGGUGUCCAUGAAGAUCCUCAGCUCCCUAAAGAGGCAGAGCUACGAGAAGCCCACCCCCAUCCAGGCCCAGGCCAUCCCCGCCAUCAUGUCCGGCAGAGACCUCAUCGGCAUCGCUAAGACCGGCAGCGGCAAGACCAUCGCCUUCUUGCUCCCCAUGUUCCGGCACAUUAUGGACCAGAGGCCCCUGGAGGACGGAGAGGGGCCCAUCUCUGUAAUCAUGACUCCCACCAGAGAGCUGGCUCUGCAGAUCACAAAGGAGUGCAAGAAGCUCUCCAAACCGCUGGGACUGCGGGUUGUUUGUGUUUAUGGAGGGACAGGAAUCAGCGAACAGAUCGCAGAGCUGAAGCGAGGGGCGGAGAUCAUCGUGUGCACGCCGGGAAGAAUGAUCGACAUGCUGGGGGCCAACAGCGGCCGGGUAACCAACCUCCGGAGGGCAACGUAUGUGGUGCUGGAUGAAGCAGACAGGAUGUUUGACAUGGGCUUUGAGCCACAGGUGAUGCGUAUCAUAGACAAUGUGCGCCCCGACCGACAAACGGUCAUGUUCUCCGCCACCUUCCCCAGGGCCAUGGAGGCGCUGGCUCGCCGGAUCCUCGCCAAGCCCAUCGAGGUGCAGGUCGGAGGUCGUAGUGUGGUCUGCUCUGACGUGGAGCAACACGUGCUGGUGAUUGACGAGGACCAAAAGUUCCUGAAGCUGCUGGAGAUUUUGGGCCACUACCAAGAGAAGGGGUCCGUCAUCAUCUUUGUGGACAAGCAGGAGCACGCAGACGGACUGCUUAAAGAUCUAAUGAAGGCCUCCUACCCCUGCUUGUCUUUACAUGGAGGCAUCGACCAGUACGACCGAGACAGCAUCAUCAAUGAUUUUAAGACUGGAGUGUGUCGUCUGAUGGUGGCCACCUCUGUGGCGGCCAGAGGCCUGGACGUCAAGCACCUCAUCCUGGUGGUCAACUACAACUGCCCCAACCACUAUGAGGACUACGUCCACAGGGCGGGGCGCACAGGCAGAGCCGGCAACAAGGGUUACGCCUACACCUUCAUUACAGACGAUCAGGCACGCUACGCAGGUGAUAUCCUCAAGGCCUUGGAGCUGUCGGGCUCCCCGGUCCCUCCAGAACUGGAGCAGCUUUGGGCCUCCUUCAAAGACCAGCAAAAGGCGGAGGGUAAGUCCAUUAAGAGCAGCAGUGGCUUCUCAGGGAAAGGGUUUAAGUUCGAUGAGACAGAACACGCUCUGGCCAAUGAGAGGAAGAAGCUGCAGAAAGCCGCACUCGGACUGCAGGACUCCGACGAUGAGGACGGCGCCUUGGACAUCGAGGAGCAGAUAGAAAGCAUGUUUAAUUCCAAGAAGAGGGUGAAGGACCUGUCUGCGCCCGGCUCAGGCGGCGGCUCUUCUGGAGGCGGCACGUCUGCAGCAGCAGCACCCGGAGGGAUGGGAGGCGGCAUGCCGACGUCCGCCGGAAACAACCAGAAACUGGAGAUGGCCAAAAGGCUCGCGCUCAAGAUCAACGCUCAGAAGAACCUGGGCGCCGAGGCUCAGGACGUGAUGCAGCAGGCCACCAACGCCAUCCUGCGCGGCGACCCCAUCAUGACGCCGUCCGUGUCGGCCAAGACCAUCGCGGAGCAGCUGGCCGAGAAGAUCAACGCCAAGCUGAACUACACCCCCGUGGAGAAGCUGGAGGAGGAGCGGCAGGCGGCGGAGCAGGCGGAGACCGUCAAGAGAUACGAAGAGGAGCUGGAGAUCAACGACUUCCCUCAGACGGCCAGGUGGAAGGUGACGUCUAAGGAGGCUCUGCAGAGGAUCGGUGAAUACUCUGAAGCUGCCAUCACCAUCAGAGGGACAUAUUUCCCUCCAGGCAAAGAGCCCAAGGAGGGAGAACGCAAGAUCUAUCUGGCUAUAGAGAGUGCAAGUGAGCUGGCUGUGCAGAAAGCCAAAACAGAGAUUACGCGGCUAAUAAAGGAAGAGCUCAUCAGAUUACAAAACUCCUACCAGCCAACAAGCAAAGGUCGCUACAAGGUCUUGUAGAGGAGGAACCAGAGCUGAAUGGAGGCUUUUUCACCCAUCCACAUACACUUAUCUUUACAGUUUCAGAGUCGAUGAUGAAUAUUUUAAUCUGUGUUUUAAUGUCUCAUUGAUUAUUUAGUUUGAGCCUCCCCCCCCCCCCCCCUCCAAUGUGCGUCACUAGACUGUCCAGCUGUUUUUUUUUUUUUUUUCUUUUCGUUCUGCUCCGAUACAAAAUUGUCUCGUUCCACAUUUAACAUUAAAGGAACACAAUUCUCCACUGAGCUGUUUAAGGUAUGUUUUUUUAUUUUAUUUUUAUUUUUUUUUAUGAAAAAUGAUUUUAAUUGCAUGGUUUUAGUUAAAUAUGUGUACAAAUAAGACAAGGACCAUAAAACAAGGUCUUAAUGAUGAGAGGUUUGCACAAAAAAUAUUUUGAUAUUUCUUGUUGCUGAACAAAUAAACGCAAUGUGCUCAGAUAUAGUUAAUUAUUCAACAGCCCUUGGUUUUUAUAUUAUUUAUAAGCAGUGGGAUACCAGAUGUGUCUGUGGCAACCGAGCCAGCUCAUUGAGCCGGUUCCUUUUUAAGUGAACCAGCUUCAUUUUAACUGUUUUUUUGUUUUUAUGUGUACAAUUUAAUGUUGUGUGUAUACUUUUGUAGAUAUAAAAAGAUAUUGGUCAUGCCAUUUAGUAAUGGGUAAGAGCUUCCAUUGGCUGUCAUGCUGCAAAUCAGCUGAAACAAACUUGGAUUAUGUGUAGUAAUAUUAAAAGCAAAGGGUGGGGGGGGCAAGUCUCUGAACAGCUGAGAGGGAUGAAGUGAACUGACUCCGAUUACAGUUUAUUGUAUUGUAUUCAGGGACAAAGCGCCACCACCAAAUAAAUAAUUUGUAAGAGAUUUAAUAGGCAACUAUUUAAUUUACAAAAUAGAAAUUAAGCCUAUAUAAAUAUUUUGAAAUUAAACUGAACUUUGUGAGGCAUCAAAAUCCUCUCUUUUAUUAAUUCAGUACGUAAUUAUUUAAUGUUUCUUGUGCCGCAGUUAAAAUUUGAAUAAUUGAAACCGUUUCUGUGGCUCCAAUAGACCCUAAAAUCUUAAGUGGUUAAGUUGCACACAAAUUGAACUUUAAAUCUCUCACCUUAUAUACUUUUACUUAGGGUAUGUACUUCAAACUUUAUUGUAAUAAUGACAUGUAUACAAAUAUAGUAUUUAACAUGUUAAAUACUAUGUUUUAAGUUGUGGCUGUUUUGGUCAGUAAGGUAAAUCUACAAAUGUAAAUUUCUACGGAAAUUCUUCACUUAGUUAAAGCUAUUGACGGUCAACCUCAAUAAAUUUGAAUAUUUUGC